CUCGACUUCAGGUCGGCGGCCCGUAUGGAGGACCUGAACCGGCUCAUCCAGGAAUUCAGCAAGCACGACCAGCGGGAGUACGACGACCAGCGGGCUCUGGAGAUCCACACAGCCAAGGACUUCAUCUUCUCCAUGCUGGGUGAGGGGACACGCACGCAGACACCGAGCCGAGCACCGUUAUCUCACCGCACGGUAAACCGUGUUGUCUCCCGUCGAGAGGAGGAUGCAGACUCCACCUGCUCUCGUGCUGCACCUGUUUUGUUUAGACAUCAGGCUCAGAUGUAAAGAGCAGCACUGGCGCAUGUGUAAUGUGGCUGUUUGUCACUCUGGUCUCGGAGGGGCUGAGGCCGGUCCACCUGUGCACACGUCAGGAAUGGUCCAGAAGUUGGACCAAAAGCUCCCAGUGGCCAAUGAGUACCUCCUCCUGUCAGGAGGUGUUCGGGAGGGUGUGGUGGACAUGGACUUGGACGAGCUGAGCGUCUAUGCACGUGGCACAGACUACGACAUGGACUUCACCCUGCUGGUCCCAGCACUCAAACUCCAUGACCGCAACCAGCCGGUGACCCUGGACAUGAGGCACUCGGCCCUGGGCCACUCCUGGCUCAGCCUCCGCCUCUUUGACGAAGGAACCAUCAACAAGUGGAAGGACUGCUGCACCAUCGUGGACCACAUCAAUGGGACCACCAACUACUUCUUCUCUCCAACGCUGGUUGCCGACUGGUUCUACCAGUCCAUCUCCCUGGUGCUGCUGGAGGUGCAGAAGAAGCCACAGAGAGGGAUGCCGAGAGUGGAGAAGGUGGAGCGGAACGGCACCAUCAUCUCCGUCAUCCUGGGUGUCGGGAGCAGCCGGAUGCUCUACGACAUCGUUCCUGUGGUGUCUUUUAAAGGCUGGCCAGCUGUGGCUCAGAGUUGGCUGAUGGAGAACCACUUCUGGGAUGGGAAGAUCACCGAGGAGGAGGUCAUCAGCGGCUUCUACCUCGUCCCUGCGUGCUCCCACAAAGGCCGCAAGGAGAACGAGUGGCGCCUGUCAUUCGCCCGCAGCGAAGUGCAGCUGAAGAAGUGCAUCUCUUCCAGCCUGAUGCAGGCGUACCAGGCCUGUAAAGCCAUCAUAAUUAAGCUCCUGUCCCGCCCCAAAGCCAUCAGCCCCUACCACCUCCGCAGCAUCAUGCUGUGGGCUUGCGACCGCCUCCCCGCCAACUACCUUGCGCAGGACGACUUCUCCGCCCACUUCCUGCUGGGCUUGAUCGACGACCUGCAGCACUGCCUCGUCAACAAGAUGUGCCCCAAUUACUUCAUUCCCCAGUGCAACAUGCUGGAGCACCUGUCGGACGAGACGGCCAUGCUCCACGCCCGCAAACUCUCCUCAGUGCGCUCCGACCCGGCCGAGCACCUCCGCACCACCAUUGAGCACGCCAAGGCCGCCAACAGGCUGACAGUGGACCUGCAGUGGCGAGGCAGCGCCAACAACCUGCCGUCACCGCAGUCCGACGCCGGCGGAGAGAACCAGCCAGACGACCGGCUGGCCAAGAAGCUUCAGCAGCUGGUAACAGAGAAUCCUGGGAAAUCCAUCUCGGUCUUCAUCAACCCGGACGACGUCACACGGCCGCAUUUCCGCAUCGACGACAAGUUCUUCUGAGACAACGUUCUCCCAGACCUCGUCCUCCUCCUCCUCCCCUUCGUCUCUGCCUUUCUUCUCCUCGCCUGGUGCCCCACCUCCUCUGAAACUUUAUUUUUUACAUUUUUUAUGUUUCUCUGCCACAGAGUGAAGUGAGGUGAUCGUCUAGUUGUGUCUGCCACAGUUUUUUAUUUUUUUAUUUUUAUUUUUCUAUUCCCUUUCCCCUCUUCCCUCCUCUUUCACUGUGUGCCCUGUGUUUUUUUACCUGCUGAAUGCCUUUUAAAUAGACCGCUGAAUAGCAUCGGGUUGAUUUUAAACAUGAAGGACGAGGUGAAAAUCCACCUUAGGAUGGGACUGCUGUUCCUGUGUUUACUUAAGUUAUCAGGGAUCCUGGAAAUGAGAGGAAACCAACAACUCCUGAAAGCGUCUCAGGAGGUCGUUUAAAGUAUAGUUUGGGUUCACUGACGCAGUUGAGGGUGUAGUGAAGCUGUAGCUGAUGCAGAACUUUGCAAAAAUCGCACCAAAUAGUCAAUAGAAAACUAAAUGUUUGAGCAAAGAUCUUAUAACUUCUGAUCACAGAAGUUCUGUUUUUCUGUAAUAAUUCAGCGAUUUAUUAAAUCCUCAAAACUCUAAAAUUACUCACAGAUUAAUCCUCAUAGUUUCCAGAGUUAUGAGACAAGUUCCCUCGUGAUUAAAGGUGAGCAGCUCAAACAUUAUCUCUUGAUCGUGACGAUACGGCGAGUCCUCGCUGUGAGAUCCUGUCUGACAUUCAAGCCCAGUGUUAAUGACAGACUUUUAGAGGAAUUUAUGUGAACAUUUCUGAUAAAUUUUAGUUUUCUAACGGCUUCGACGUGCAGCAGCGUGUGUUUUUCCAACACAAACUCAUCAGACAUUUGAAACUCGUCAGAUGCAGCAGCUCAGCGUCGUUCAUGAUUUCCCACCAAGCCUGGAACAGCAGCAGCAACACUACAGCGACUUGUCAAACACAUUGAGGAGUUGGGGAUGCCAAAUGGCGCGUCUCAGACUUAGGAAUUCAGAUGAAGGAGUUCUGUUAGAAGGUGGAUUUUGUCCCUCUGAGGAAUGUCUUGGUCCUGCUGAGGGGUGAUGGUACUAAUGUCUUAGAAACUAACUGUAAAUAGGACAAAACUGACUGGACACUGAUCUGUGUAGACAGAAAGAGAUACUUAGUGACUGCUGAUGUGUGGACUACUUUUCGUCUAAUUUUGCACAGAAUGUAAAAAAACACUUUUCCUUCUCGAUGGUGGACGUCGUGUCCGUCCUGAUUCUGAAAUGAUGUGUCAUAUCAGUAGACAGCCGACGCGACUGAACAAUGGUCAUAAUGCAUGCUUUACAUGUGUAUAUUAGCCAGUGGAAUAGCACCAAGUACCCAGUGAUACUGCAGUAACAUUUCAUCAUCAGAGUCUCAAAAUGUGCUGACCAGCUUGACGAGAUGUUGACGUGACUGUUUGCCGUCUCCUUUCGAGACCCGGUGAGAAUCGUUUUCACCGUCUGUGUGAUCAGAAGCUGAGUGAAGUCUGUGGAAGCUAAUCAGAAUUUGAUGUAAAACCCCACAGCUGCGGUGGGUAUUUUGUGCAUCUGCAUUUCUUUAUGUUUCAGCUUUAUGUUGGGACAACGCAGUACGUUAUUUAUACGUUAAAAUCAUUUUUUGCCUCGAAACAGCUGGUUUUGUCACCACAGGCACAGCUGGAAAAAUAUCCACUUUCCGUGCCACAAAAUUGGCUACAAACUGUCCCAGCAGUCCCUGAAAUGAGCCAUUUUCAUCCAGGUCUCCUCCAGGUGUCGCACCGGCCCACCUGCGGAUGAGGCGCAUUCUGGAAAUGUUGAUCCGUACAAAACGUGUUCAAGUAAAACAUGGGUGACUUGCAGAAACACACAGUUCUGAUGUUUUAUUCUGGUGAUGGGGCUGACUUUUACGCAGAAACCGUCUGACGUGAGGCGAGAGCGACGAGAAAAAUCAACCGACCAAUCAGACCUGAGUACGUAGCCUGACUGUGUACUUGCAGCUUGACUUCUCCACAGCUUAACACUCAGGUUAAUGUGAUGCAUUGUGACCAUUUUCAGGUUAAGUGUCUCAGAAUAUUCCUUUAGACGUGACAUCGCUGCAUCCACUUAUUCCUGUCACUUUGAUUGGUUUUCAUUGUUUGGAUCAGAAGUGAUCACACGUUUCCGUAAGCUUCACUGUGUCUGUACGACCUCCUGUGUUUUGUCACCUGACUGAUAUUUUGUUCCUGCUGCUUUUAUUUGAGUUUUUAACGUGUGGGGGGAUCAGCCGUCCUUCAACGCAGCUGGCUCACGAAGCGAAUCCACCUGACGGGUCCCAGUUCCAGUCCCAUGAAGCUGCUGGACAAAGCGUCAGAGUCCCAGAGUCAGGAGGUUCAGGACUUCCUUCAGGGAUUUAUCAAAGAUGUUGAUCUCAGCUUUACAAACAAUACUGAUGUGAACCCCUCAGAGUUUUAAGGUAGAUCUCAGCAGUUAGAUAAUAUCAGCUGACCAGUUCAUCAUCCCAGCUGCAUCAGCGACAAAAAUAAUAAAACUGACUGAGUCCAGCAUCAUGGGAGUCGAUCCUGAGCUGGUUGUGUUGAAGGUGAGUCGGGUCCCACUUUUUGUUUCCUUUGUGUUCUCGGCUGUCCAAACAUUUCCAGAAAAAAUACCAAAAACCCCCUGCAGAUAUCUGACCGGCAAUGUGCUCCAUAUCCUCAUCCUCAAGUGCAAUUAGUGACACACACACACAUAUAUAUAUAUAUCAUGUAGCAUCAAGACUAGAAGACACACCAACUCCGUUAAAGCUGGUUUUAAUGAAGACACUAACAGACCACAGGACACCGAACACACACACACACACUCUCACUCAGAGGUUUUUCACACCAUCAAAGUGCCACACACUCCCGCUCGGUGGAAAUGUAAUCAGUGUGUUCUUCAGAGCUCCAUGACCUUUGACUUUGCUGUCCUCUCUGUUUGUUCAGACCCUUUCGACUGUGAGUUUUUAUUUUCUUUGUUCUCUUGCUGCUCUGCUUAUUAUUCCAGUGAUGGAUUUCUUUAUGCAAUGUUGACUUGGAUGGUCGAAGCCUUCAGAUGGCAGCUCCUCCCGUCUGUUAAGGUCCACCGCUAUAAUUCACUGUACAGUAGAGUCAUAAAGUCUUUUAACCAGAA